AAGCCAGGCUACCACAGUGGAGCUUCAAGGACCCUCAGGGGGAAAGAAGGAGCGAGUGCAGUUCUAGGUUUCGACGCAAAUCGCCCCGGGCGUCAUCAUGCAUGAAAAGCUCUCCUCUCCCUCACGCGGCUCAGUUGACAUUAAGCGGACAGCCGUGCCGCAUUUGUUCCUGUUGCCCCAGACCUCUGUGACCCGCCCUUUUUUCAUGAAGCGCUUUUCACAGAGGCGUGAAAUAACGGACACAAAGGCCGGGGAAAGGUGGUGGUAUAGCUGAGUAUCAACGCCACGCCUCCGAAGCGACCACAGAUAUUCUGUCAUCGUUGCCAGCCUAAGGCCAGAGUCGAUGGUUGGUUCUUCACCCCUGGACGGGAGUCAGUUGGGGGCUUAGGUUUGGUUUUGGCAGACUCGUACCACGCGUGGCACAAAGCAGCGCCGAAAACAGCAGUGAUAAGACGCGUCACGGGAACAGGUGUAUCCCAUAUUCAACUUCAACCACCUUCAAGCAAAGAUGCGUCCAUGUCCGAGCGUCUUUAUUGCCCUCCUCUGCAUUGCGGGGGCUACUGUCGCGUCAACAUCGGGACCAUCUGCGAUGGCUGUGACGGCAACGACUCAGCCCAGCGUGGAACACCCACCCACGGCGCAACCUACGCCCAAGUUAGUGCAGUCACUGAAACGCGUAGUGGACGACUUCCUGGGCAACCCGCGGAGCCCUCUGGCAAGGAGGCUGAUCGCGGCGAAAGUCUCAUCCGGCUGCAGCAUAGGCCUCAUGAAGCUGCUGCGGGCUCUCAGGAACAUGGAGCCCUGGGCGUACAGGCUGUUAGAUGCCUCAGGAAAGUAUCCCACUGGGCUAUUGCAAGGCACCCUUUCAGACGUGGGAGCAUUCGACGAGUGCAUCGAGACGGUAGUGCGGGAUGUCUAUGGCCGAGAAACAGCACGAGCCCACUACUGCAACGUGUACCUGGAUAGCAACGCAACUGACGUGCUCCGGUACCUGACUCCGGCCAUCACAAUGUCCCAUCCUAGGGCCAUCGAUUUUGCCUUAGAAAGCGGAAAAAACAAGUUCGUCGAAGGUGUACGCAUUGGAUUUUGCUUCAUUAGCGACUGCACUCAAACCGACAUUCAAAGUCUUCUAGACGCACUGGUCCAUGGAACGAUAGAUCUCGCCGUGAAGGACUGUGUAACCGGCUUGAAGCCUCCAAUGACCAAGACGCAAAGUGCGAUAGUGGCCGCCCUAGGAGUCCUUGCAGUCGUCAUUUGCCUGAGCACCGGCGUCGACAUUUAUCUGAGACACACCAAUGCGAACCAGAAUCUUGUUGUGAAACUUUUCACAGCAUUCUCUCUGCGAGCGAACCUAGAUGUUCUGCUCGUUCGGGUCAAGGACAAAGAGAGUGAUGCCUACAUGUACAGAUUCUUUCAUGGUCUGCGAUUUUUCAGCAUGUUUAUGAUAGUCAUCGGUCAUUCGUACAACAUAUUCGAUUUCAUCAAUACCUCCCGCAUGGUGAAUGCGCUGCAUUAUGCUGACAACAUCGGUUUUUCUCUUGUUAUGACUGGAUACUUGAGUGUAGACGUUUUCUUCUUUUUGAGUGGCUUCCUUCUCGCUUACAAUAUUGAACCAAAGCGUGACAACAUACUACUGACGGGAAUUAUUGCCAUCGUUCGGCGUCAUAUUAGGACAACAGCCCCUGUAUUUUUUACCAUGGUGUGUUGUUUAUUGGUGCCACAACUCGCAUCCGGCCCUAAUCUGAAGCCACUGAUGGAAAAAUUUUACUAUGAAUUUCGUAAUCAGUGGUAUCAUAUAUUGCUCCAGAUACGUAACCUGUACAGCGAAACUGAAAUUGGAAUGUUUGGCCACCUGUGGUUCAUUUCGGCUGACUUCCAACUAUUUCUUUUGGCUUUGCCUACUAUCCUCAUACUUAAAAGAUACUACUGGGCCUUAAUUUCUGCUUUUUUCAGCUUCAGUCUGCUGUGUUGCUCAGUUACAGCAUGGCAGGUGUACAAUACACCUUACCCUCCUUUUAUGACUCCGAUUGUGGCAGACAUCAGCAUCCUCCUUGACACACUGAACUACGUGUACGUUUUACCCUUUUAUCACGGGAUGUGCUACUUCUCAGGAUGUGUGACGUUCUUGUUGUUGAAGAAAUAUGGGCAAGUCAAGAUAUCACAGACGAAGCAGAUUGGAAUGUGGUGCCUGACGCUGACCUGUGCCCUCGCAACAUUGUUCCUAAAAUAUGACUGGAACCGUGGCCAUGGUCCCACCGGAGAAUGGAUAAAAAUUCCGCUAGCGUUCAUCGAAAGGUUGAUGUGGUCAUUUUGCAUCGGCUGGACAGUAUUCGCUUGCUCAACAAGAAGAGGAGGUGUCCUGUGGAGUUUCCUCUCUUGGAGAGUAUUCGUUCCUCUCAGUCGCCUAUGCUUUGGAAUAUAUAUCAUUCACGUACCAUUGUUUUUUAUCAAGUCAAACAUAGCCCGGGAGCGGAUAUUCUAUUCUCACUUUACCUUGGUGCUGCAAACGUUUGCUGUGUUUGUGGCAUCGGCACUUCUAAGUCUUGCGAUGUAUCUUGCCUGCGAAGCACCAGUGGGCCGUCUGGAGAAGAUGUUUUUGAUGCCAAAUCGUAAAGAAGGAAAAGCUCACUAUAUUUGUGCAGGAAAUCAAAAUAACGAUAUGCGAAAACUUCCGUGUACAAUAAAGGACACUGAGAGCGGGCACACAAAGGAACUAAAACAGAGCAUUAAAGACUACUCCAGUCGUUUGUAAAGGAUUAAACCAGCGUCGUGUAUUGAUUACGCAAUUACUCUCGGUACGGUGUCGUGCAUGUUUGAUUCGUUUUUAACGUUUGGUGCCUAAAGUACUUUAACCUGAGACCUUGUUUACUAUGAGCAAGGCCCCAAGCACUCUAAACACCACGGCCAAUUCUUGGCACGUCCAGUUAUAGUAACGUCGGUGAUAUAUAGAAUGGAUAUG